AUGCUUGUGCUUAGGUACGGCACGCACGUUCUCACCGACGUGGAGGCCGGGGCCGCCUUGGUGCGGGAGGACCAGGUGAGGCGGGAGCUGGUGGACAGCGAAGCCCGAGACAAGAUCAACAUCACGUACGCCGCCUCGGCCUUGUUUUUCCACGCGGUCAACGCUGGGGACGGGCUUUCCUGGCAGGCGCAGAGCCGGCUUCUCCAGAACUACGUGCGGAACACGGUGGCCUCCAAGAUGCACAGCCACGGCGGCGUGCCCUUCUACCCGGGCAUCACCCUGCAGAAGUGGCAGGAGGGCAUCGGACGCCGGCUGGUGGCCAUCGGUAGGUCGGGCCCGCCCCUGCCGGUGCUGCUCCAGCCGGAGGCGCUGCCCGAGCUCCCCGCGCCCGCCGUGCGCCGCGCCACCCACCGCUACUACGCGGUCAACACGCGUCCCGGAUGCUUGAAGCUUGGGGCUCCCACCUUCGACCCCCAGGCCAAUGUGGACGAUGGAUCUUGCGGAGGCCGCCGCCGCGCCAACUUCAGCUUCGGGGGUGUCUUCCAGGAAUGCGACGCCGUGUCCGGGCGGCACGCCGAUCACCUCUGCCGGGCCUAUCGCAUCCCCAACCCGCUCACCGGCAGAGCCUCUUGCCCGGCCAACUACACGGCCAGCGCCCUGAUCAGCGGGCUGAAGAUGUGGAGCGAGGCCGGUCCUGAGUGCCAGCAGCGCCGCCGGAGGUGCUGGCUCUUCUUCCGAUGCUGCUGGACAGUGUGCGCCCCCCAUGAGCAUCGGAGCGCCGCGAGCCUGGCUGCCUCCUGGUGCGCGCCCUCGGGGCCCUCCCUGCCCGCCCCUGCGGGCCUCCUCUUUGGAGGCCUGUAUAGCCCUGGCAACCCAAACCCGCUCACUGGGUGCCAGGCCUGCCCCUCCCACUUCUACCCACUGACACUCUUUGGCGACCUCAAGGUCUGUGUCAGUAGCGACUCAGAGCUGGGUACAGCCCCGGCAGUCCCCUUUGGGGGUUUCUUCAGCUGCCAGGCGGGCAACCCCUUGGCUGGCCUUGUGAAGGGCCAGAGCCCUGGGCUCAUGAAGGAGGUGUUCUACCAGGACAGCCCCACGGAUUUCCCCAUGAAAUGCCCAGCAGGGUACAGCCAACACCAGGCUUACCUCAGCGAUGGCUGCCAAAUCCUCUACUGCCUCAGGGCUGGGGCCCUCUUGGACCAGGAGCAGGCAGCUGUUCGGAUGCCCCCAUUUAUUCCCUGCCUCACCCCCCCCACCUUCCUCAACAGAAGCAGCGCCCACAGGCUCUCUGUCCUGGUUGGCUCCAGUGGUCAGCAGGUCUGGAUGAGGCUGCAAGGCUCCGACCGCUGGCAGCAAGCCAAUAUUAAUGACCCAUCCCUGUCAGCCAAGCUUUUGAGCCAGGCUGGCUUGGGACCCAGCGUUGGGGCCAUUGUUGGCUCCUGGGUGGGUGCCAUGGUGGCCUUGGUGGCUCUUGUUCUGGGGGACCUGACCUACUUGUGGAUGAUGAAAUGA